AUGGGCUCCAUGGGCCUCCAGGUGAUGGGCAUCGCCCUGGCGGUGCUGGGCUGGCUGGGCGUGAUGCUGUGCUGCGCGCUGCCCAUGUGGAGGGUCUCGGCCUUCAUCGGCAGCAGCAUCGUGACGGCCCAGACCAUCUGGGAGGGCCUGUGGAUGAACUGCGUGGUGCAGAGCACCGGCCAGAUGCAGUGCAAGGUGUACGACUCCCUGCUGGCCCUGCCCCAGGACCUGCAGGCCGCCCGGGCCCUCGUGGUCAUCUGCAUCGUCGUGGCCGCCCUGGCCGUGCUCCUGGCCGUGGUCGGGGGCAAGUGCACCAACUGUGUGGAGGACGAGUCGGCCAAGGCCAAGACCACCGUCGGGGCGGGCGUGGUCUUCCUGCUGGCCGGCGUGCUGGCCCUCAUCCCCGUCUCCUGGACGGCCAACAACAUCAUCCGCGACUUCUACAACCCCACCGUGCCCCAGGGCCAGAAGCGGGAGAUGGGGGCCUCGCUGUACAUCGGCUGGGCGGCGGCGGGGCUCCUGCUCCUGGGCGGGGCCCUGCUCUGCUGCAACUGCCCCCCGCGCAGGGACAAGCCCUAUUCCGCCAAGUACUCGGCCGCCCGCUCUGCCCCCAACAGCAACUACGUGUAG